CUCGGUGGCUGGUGCCGCCACGACCCGCAGCGCCGGGCGAGGUGGGUGUACCGGGGGUGGGGGCUUCACCCCCUUUUCUAUGAGAGUGGGGGUACCUAUUGCCUAAGCGAGGCUGCAGAUUUCGGCGGCGGGGGAUUGGGGGACUGGUUUUUUUUUUUUGUUUUUGUUUUUUUGGGUUUUUUUUUUGUUUUGUUUUUUUUGGCACCCCUCCUUCAUGCAGAGAUGGAGUUUGACUCGUACCAGCACUACUUCUACGACCAUGACGCCCAAGAGGAUUUCCACCGCUCCACGGCCCCCAGCGAGGAUAUCUGGAAGAAGUUUGAGCUGGUCCCCACGCCCCCCCUUUUUCCCCUGGGGACCCCCGGGGAGAAAGCCUGCUGCUCGGGGCCGGAGGAGCGCUCGGGGUGGCUCUCCCGCUGCUGCCUGCCCGGGGAAGAGCCGGAAUAUCUCUUCGGGACGGGGGAAAUCUUUGGGAACCUGAGCGCCUUCAUCCUCAAGGAUUGCAUGUGGAGCGGGUUUUCAACCCGGGAGAGAUUGGAAAAAGCUAUGACAGAGAAACUUGCCAGCGGGACGCAGAGAGCCACCCCCCACAAACCCUCCUUCGCCCAGGAUUUGGGGUUCAGCAGCUCGGUGAGCGAGUGCGUGGAUCCCGCUGCCGUCUUCCUUUGCCCGCUGGCUGAGAGCAAGAUCCCCUCGUCCUCGGGAUCCGAGGGCCAAAGCGAUUCUGAAGGCGAAGAGAUUGACGUGGUGAUGGUGGAGAAGAGACCCCCUCUCAGCCUGAGGCAGCCAGUGACCAUCACACUGCGUGCUGACCCCCUGGACCCCUGCAUGAAACGUUUCCACAUCUCCGUCCACCAGCAGCAGCACAACUACGCCGCCCGCUCCCCGCCGGAUGCCUCUGCCCCUCCAGAGCCACCCCAGCAGGCUGAGGACGAGCCACCAAAGGCCCCAGAGCCAUCUCCUGCCACCCCUCUGCCUGAGCCCAGCCUGGAGAAAGCCUCUGGCAGCAGCAGUCCCGGCUCCGACAGCGAGGACGUGGCCAAGAGGAAAAACCACAACUACCUGGAGCGCAAGCGGCGCAACGACCUCCGCUCCAGGUUCCUGGCCCUGAGGGACCAGGUGCCCGGGCUUGCCAGCUGUCCCAAGACCCCCAAAGUGGUGAUUUUGAGCAAAUCCUCCGAGUACCUGCAGUCCCUCAUCAGUGCUGAGAGGAGGAUGGCAGCCGAGAAGCGGCAGCUGCGCCUGCGGCAGACCCAGCUGCUCAAACGGAUUGCUCACCUCCAGGGGCAAUAACCCCCUGCUCCAGUCCCCACCACCCCCUGGCUCCCUCUCAAUUUGCACAGUUUUUAAAUUUUUUAACGUGGUUUUGGGUUUGUUUUUUUUGUUUUGUUUUUUUGGUUGGGU